CUGGGGCUUGGGCUUGCUUCAGACGGCGGCGCGAGCGGGCAGCGCGCGGGCUGGGGGCCGGCGGCGCCAUGGAGUUCCGGCUGGAGGCGCAUCGCAUCGUCAGCAUCUCGCUGGGCAAGAUCUACAGCGCGCGGGGCCAGCGCGGCGGCCUCAAGCUGCACAAGAACCUGCUGGUGUCGCUGGUGCUGCGCAGCGCCCGCCGGGUCUACCUGGGCGAGCCCGGCGGCGAGUGCCCCCUGCCGCCCCGCCCGGGGCCGCCGCCGCCCCCGGACUGCGAGAGGCUGCGGCGGGGUUGCCGCCCGCUGGACUCGGAGGCGGCGGCGGCGGCGCGGGGCCGGGCGGAGUGCCCGGCCGAGUCCCCUCGCAAGCGGAGCGCAGCUGAGCGGGGCCAGGCGGCGGGCUCCCCGGGGAAGAAGCCGCGGCGUGAGGCGGCGCCGCCCCCGCCGCAGGAGGACAUGGAGACCGGCAACGUGGCCAGCCUCAUCAGCAUCUUCGGCUCCGGCUUCUCGGGGCUGGUGGGCAAGGAGCGCGGCGCGGCGGAGGCGAGUGAGCCGGGGCAGGUCUGCUGCGAGCAGCCGGUGCUGCGGAGCCUCAACCCCUGGAGCACGGCCAUCGUGGCCUUCUGAGCCCCGCCGCGGACUGGCUGCUCUGCGCGGCCGCCCCUGCCCCGCGGCACCGACGGGCGGGGGGCCGGGACUGGCUUGCCUCAAAGCAGGCAGGAAGCUCUGAGACACGCUGGGGACUUUUGGGCCUUGCCCCGCCGCCCUGGGAACUGACCGGGGCAGCAGCAGGACUUCACUUCUCCCUUCCCCGCACACGGACAUGCCGCGAUCUCCUCCCCCGCGCUCUUUCCCACCUAGGGCUUUGCCUGUGCGACUCUUUGCCCUCCCAUGUGGCGCCUUUCCUGCCGGAAAUCCCCUUUCAUGUCUCCCCAGCCCGAACAUCCUGCCCGCAGGGUGAAAUCUUCCAUAGGCUGUUUCCAUCCUGAACAUUUGGAGGACUCCCCCAGAUAAUACUUUAAGCUGGGAGAGAGUAAAGUUGAUUGGAAGCUUAUAUUUUGACAAGCUGGAAGUCGGAACUUUUACAUGGUGCUUUAAAAUGAUUAACGCAGUGAACAAAAAGUUUACAGACUGACAAAGUCAUUGUUCCUUUUGGAGGAGGCUUGGUCACUCCUGGUCUUUGUUCUAUAAAGGCUUGGGGAUGUGCUGGGGCUCUUGUACAGUAUUCUCUCCUCCACUGAUGUGUUUUGUUUUUGUAUAACUGUAACUCUACGUGUGUAACACGUAUUAAAUAUUUUGCAGCUGUUUAA